AUGUCGCAUUCAGUAAAGAUUUAUGAUACAUGUAUCGGGUGUACUCAAUGUGUCCGAGCCUGUCCUACGGAUGUAUUAGAAAUGAUACCUUGGGACGGAUGUAAAGCCAAACAAAUAGCUUCUGCUCCAAGAACAGAGGAUUGUGUCGGUUGUAAGAGAUGUGAAUCCGCCUGCCCAACAGAUUUCUUGAGUGUUCGCGUUUAUUUAUGGCAUGAAACAACCCGCAGCAUGGGUAUAGCUUAUUAA